GACUUCCGUGUUCUCGUCAAUCAGAAUACGAUUUAAGAAGUGUGCAUGCCGCUGUUGACAGGUGUAUCGGACACUUUAUCUAGUCAUUCCCUCAAUGUUUGGGGCGGAGAUAAACAAAUCUCACGCAAUCCACAAGAAUGAAGUAGGUCAGUUACACUAAAGAAGUCGGUACAAGGUCUUAAUUUUUGUUACAUCCCAGCCUCAUGUCUUACGCUUCUUUCUGACAGACCGAUAUCGUUUCAAAGUCCGACAUGUACUGGUACUUUGACCUCUGAUGAUGAAUAGGCCAGACUCGCCUCCUGUCGUCAGGUCAGUAGGCUAUCGUUUAAUCAACGAUUGAUGCAUCAUUUUUGUCACACUCCCCCAAUUCCGUAAUCCUCACUAUAUACAUGUAAAUGAAUUGGGGACGAAUUCUCAUCAUUUAAUUCACGUUGGGUCAUUGGGGCAGCAGCCAUCUUCAUUUUGUAACCAACAUCGGAAUCAUCACUUGGAUUAUAUAUGGACUUCAUAUCGUCAUGAACAGCACUAAGUAGACCUGAUCAUUUUGCAUGUUUACGAACCAUUUACAGUCGCACAGUAGUCGACAUGCAUUACGACUGAUGCCGUUACGGAGAUCAACCAAUCGGAGAGCUCGUCCUGGCAAAAUAAGCGAUUUUCCAGGGAUGCAGUAUGGACCCACUGCCCCGCCCACCUCAGUCAAAACGUCGGCACGGAAAACAAAUAAAACGUAGUGAAGGCUAUCUUGACGGACAGACAGGUCCAUCUGCGGGGAUUAGCGACGAGACCGUGCUUUAAGCGUUCAGAUUACAUCUACUAGCCGGAGGACACCGCCCAUACUUGGAGUUCUGCGGAGCGACUGUCGUUCCUCCUGGGAGGCUGAGACAAUUUGGUCGUGCCCCUCCGGCAUGUCCGAAAUGUCUGUCCGACAAAUUUGCCAACCUCUGAGCCGCGCGCAAUGUCAGGAAACGUGAGCUAGAUUCUUCCAAGGAGAGCGAUGUGUGAAUAACCUCGAGUACAGCCUAUACCGAGUGUCGUGACUGAAUGGAAAUGAUUUAUGCUGCAGUACAGGGCGAUGACGCAGACUGAGAGUCGAACCCGAUACCACUGGUGCGGCACGGCUCUGUGGUUCCUUUCCAUGAAAUUGUACGUUCGAUGAGAAGUAUCUUUGACAUCUGUGGGAAUUACAGUCAGCUACUGGUGUUAUGUCAUCAUACUGUGUUUCUGCUUUUUGUCUCCUGUCCGGUACUUGUCACACGAAAAGCCCUGGCUGCUGAUACAGAACGCCGACUCGCGCUCUCUUACCUCCCUCCCAAGGGCUGCCAACCGGCGACGUCUUUAACUUACUACGUCAUGUGAUGAAACACUGGCAAACCAGUUUAGCGCCUGUCACUGGUGCGAAAACGUGCGCGUGCGAGACCCGCAGUUGCCUGCAGCCUGUUGCAUGUAAUCAUGGUGAUACAUUCUGCCCUGCUGAACAAAAGGCCAUCCGGCGUACGCAGUACGACGGGAAGCUCGAUAAUGACGCACCGCUAGCCUACAGCCCCGUGUCGGGUUCUUAAAACGCGUGUACUUCACCAGAAAUUGAGAAGAACGGAGGAUCAGUUAGAGCAACCAUGAACCAGCCUAUCGAGUUCGUCGGCGUAGCUCUAGGCAUCUUGGUGACGGUGUUGGGGACGGUAGGGAACAUCGCCACAAUAGCAACCAUCACGUCCAAUAGGAAACUCCUGACGGUGUCCACCGCCUUCAUCGUCAACCUGAGCGUGGCGGACCUGUUGUACUCGGCCGUGCUGCAGCCUAUCACCGUUCACUCCUACAUCGCGGGCCGGUGGGAGUUCGGCCCCGUGUUCUGCAGCGUCUUCGGCUACGUGCUCUUCCUACUGUUCGGCGUGUCGGAGCUGACCCUGUGUGCCGUGGCAUUAAACAGGUACUUCCUGAUCGUUCAUCCCAGUAAGUACAGGUCCAUUUACAACAAGACCGGGACGACUGUGAUGAUUGGCGUAUCCUGGCUGCUCCCGGCUCUUUCCCUCCUCCCUCCGGCCCUGGGCGUCUGGGGCCGCUUUACGUUCUUCGAUAAAGUUUCAACCUGUAGCUUUGACCGUGAGGUCAGCGCGUCGUUCACGACGGCGUUGUUUUCCGCUUAUUGCAUCGUCCCGACCGUCGUCAUGUGCUUCUCCUACGCUUGCAUUCUCAGAACCGUUCGUACCAGCGCAAACAAGUUUAGCAAAAAGAAGAGGGUCCACAAAAGGGGCCAAAAGAACAACAACAUGUUCUCGGAUGCGUCCGAACUAAAUAGUUUAAGUGAGGGAACCACCGUCAAGACGAACGGUAAGAAACCGCCUGAUGUAAAAAUCUCCGUGGAUCUGGAGAUGGAUGACGUGUUCAUAGUGGCGGGAAGCGACUCCACCGGAGGGAUAAAGAGAUGCACAGCUUCUUCACCUUCAUCCAAGCAGAAGCAAACUGACAAGAACAGCAACUCAAAUCCCGAGUUAAACAACGACCGCUCCCCUAAAGAGAAGAGGAACAUAGGAACAAGAACCAGUAGCUUGAUAACGAUACCGAAUUUAACAUCGAAGUCGAAGAAGAGAAAAGCGUCGCUCCGUGGGCGGUCGUUCAGACGGAACAGUUUAGGCUUAGACCAUUCUGGUCGUCGAGAAAUUUCGCCGUCUCGGGCAGGUCGGGCACGGGCGUACUUCUCAGAGACAGACCCGACAAGUAAUCUUGAAAGCGUCGGGGAUGAUCUGGAUGACAGCAGCAGGCAGCAGAGCAGCGGCGACCGCACAGACCCAGACAGCUCGGCGCGCAGGAUUAGAGCCCAGAACAGAGUCAGCAGAAACGUCCGGCUGGCGAAGAUGACGUUCGCCGUGUUCGUGGCUUUCUCCUUGUGUUUCCUGCCCUACAUGGUGCUGAGCAUCGUGGACAAGGCGAACUCCGGGCAGGUCUGGCUGUACAAACUGUGCGCCAUGGUGGCAUGGCUAAACGCCUGUAUAAACCCCAUCAUCUACUCCCUCAUGAACAAACAGCUGAGAAACGGUCUGUUCGUCAUGCUCGGGAAGUGUAGAGCCGUCCUGACGAAAACAGUGACAGGGCAGGACUUCUAGGAUAAACGCCCUCGAGACAAAGUAAGAGAUGAACGACGUGAUAUCAUGAAAUGUAAUGAUUUUGUCUCCCUUAAUAAUCAGCUGAUAAUCUCGUCUGCCCUCCAAUGUACCACACCUUUCGCACACAGUUGUGACUUGUUAAUCUCUAAGCAGAUGUUUGGGGAGACUGAACCGUUAUGGUUUCCUACUCUCCAAGCAGAAUUACAUGGGCGCUCUUCCUACCUCUGCCUCAACACGCAUAGAGCGCCCGUGUAAUUUUUCCGACUACUACUAUAUCUGCGCGAUCCAACCUCUGCUUGGAGAGUAUUUAGGCGG